UUUUGUGGGAUGUGCUUUUAGCCAUAUGGGUUUAUUUGAAAAAGAAAAGAAAAGAAAAAGUUAAAGAUGAUCUUAUUUGGGCCGAUGAAAAGUAUUGGCAAUUCAAUUUCAAGCCUUCUGAUACCAAAACGAAGAUCCACUAUCGGUUCUUAUAUUUAACAGAGAAAAAGCUUCUACGCUCACCUAGAAAGCUAGGAUUCGGAGCCAAUUGCGAGGCCAGAGUCAAAAAAUGCAUUACUGGGUUCAAGCUUCUCCCUCUGAUUUCGGUGGACCUCUUCCCCAACCUCGCAGUGGUCACACUGCUGUUGUCGUCGGAAAGUCUAAGGUGGUCGUCUUCGGUGGCCUCGUCAACAAGAAAUUUUUGAGCGACAUCGUUGUUUACGAUAUGGAUAGAUUGCAGAAAGCAAUAGAGUUAAAAAAGGGAAUUCCAAGGUAUAUAUUAGGAAUGGAACCCUACAUCACACCUCAUAAUGCUGCCCUUUUUCCCUACUUAUGCUGCAUAAUGACAGACAACAAGCUAUGGUUUCAGCCAGAGUGCAGUGGCAGUGGGUCUGAUGGACAAGAGGGUCCUAGCCCACGUGCAUUUCAUGUUGCUGUCUCAAUUGAUUGCCACAUGUUCAUCUUUGGUGGGCGAUCUGGUAGUAAAAGGAUGGGUGACUUUUGGGUUCUGGAUACAGAUAUAUGGCAAUGGUCAGAGCUAACUAGUUUUGGUGACUUGCCUUCUCCAAGGGAUUUUGCUGCUGCUGCAUCUAUUGGAAACCGGAAAAUUGUUAUGUAUGGCGGUUGGGAUGGGAAGAAGUGGUUGUCAGAUGUUUACGUCUUGGACACAAUAUCACUUGAGUGGAUGGAGCUGUCAGUCACUGGAGCAUUGCCGCCACCUAGAUGUGGCCAUACAGCAACCAUGGUUGAGAAACGUUUGCUUGUGUAUGGUGGCAGAGGUGGUGGUGGACCGAUCAUGGGUGAUUUGUGGGCUCUAAAGGGUGUCAUCGAAGAAGAGAAUGAAACACCUGGAUGGACCCAAUUGAAGCUUCCUGGUCAAGCUCCUUCUCCUCGAUGCGGCCACACUAUAACAUCUGGAGGGCACUAUCUCUUGUUGUUCGGUGGACAUGGGACAGGUGGCUGGUUGAGUCGUUAUGACAUUUAUUACAAUGACUGCGUUGUUUUAGACAGGGUGUCUGCACAGUGGAAACGGUUACCUACUAGUGGUGAUCCUCCUUCUGCUCGAGCAUACCACACAAUGACAUGUAUUGGUUCACGUUAUCUAUUAUUUGGCGGUUUUGAUGGGAAGUUGACAUUUGGUGAUCUGUGGUGGUUGGUUCCGGAAGGGGACCCUAUUGCAAAGCGGUUGGCUGCAUCUCCGCAAAAAAUUCUGCCUGAAAAUAAGCAUUUGAGCAAGGACAAACAUGGUGUUCAAUCUGCACACAAGGAAAGCCAAAGGGAAGAAUAUGCUAUCUCAGAAUUACAAAGGAGAUUAGAAGUUUCAGUUUCACUCUCGAGUUCUGGGCUCCAAAUUGUAGAUGAGUUGGAAGAUGGAGAACUUCUUGAACUUGCAUCAGGAUUUAUGGGAGAUAAAGUUUCUAACAAUGAACAGAAAAUUCAGGCACUUCGUGAUCACUGGAGGAAGUCUACACCCAGGUCUAUACCUCUAAAGGAGCUUGGACCCUUGCUUUGUGACUAUCAACGACUGAUUACUCGUCAUUAUUUAGCAAAAGGUGGAGCUGAUUUACAUUCAAUGGAGUCUGGUUUUCCUGGGAAAUAUGCUCAUCGAUUUUAUCAUAUUAAAAAUGCUUCGCAGCUUCGAAUGGAUGACAUUCCAAACCUGCUGGCAGAGUACAAGCAGCUUUCAUCAGACUGAAGAACAAUUUGACAAUCUCCAUUUUAACGAAAAAAAAAGAAAAGAAAGAAAGUUGCUGUAUGGGUUUGCAUCUCAUUCCAAUCUGGCUUAAAGCUCUCAACUGUUCAGAAACUCUUCUGUAAACUGAUCUUGAUGAUAUAUGCUUUGUAAUUUUUACAUGUGCUAUUUAAAAUCUCUGGCUUUUGUUAA